GAAAAAUAUCGCACCUACGUGGUGAAGACUGUCGCUUGUAUGGAAAGACAACGGAUGAAAGUCGCGAGUGUCGACAAGAUGGCGGCUAUUUUUAAUGGCGUUGAUAGAUCUAAAAAAAAUUUUAAUAAAUCAAAUCUAUCAACGCCAUUAAAAAUAGCCGCCAUCUUGUCGACACUCGCGACUUUCAUCCGUUGUCUUUCCAUACAAGCGACAGUCUUCACCACAACCGCUCAUAUCGCUGCAAUAGUUAACGGAUUUUCCGGAGUGAUAAUAGGACCCGCAACAGCGCUAGUAUCAGCGGUCUGGUUUCCAACUGGAGAGCGAACAACAGCCACAGGAAUUUCAUCAGCUGCCAGCCAAGUUGGCAUGGCGAUUUCCUACGUCCUGGGACCAGGAUUAGUAGGAAUCAGUCAUGUCAAUAGUACAAUUUCUUUGCGUAGCCAAAAAUCAGCGAAUAUUUAUCGGAUGUUUCCGCUACCCGGAAUGUCUUUCGAUUUUACCGGGAAAAACCGCAGCGCCAUUCCCGCAGAAACGUCCGUUUAUCAAACUUCUCUUCAAAUACAAAUCAUGUCUUUAAUGAGAAUCGAGUUCGUUGUACAGUGCUUGGUAUUGAUCGGCAUUCUCACGUGGUUCCCUAAGCAGUCGCAAAUAUCCAACUCAAACAUCCAGGUUUCGACGCUUGGGCUCUUGGAGUCUCUAAUUAAAUUGAUCAAAAGUAUGUGGUUUCUCUGUCUCUCUGCUGCAUUGACCCAAGGUAUGACUGGGCCGUGGUUAGCAAUGAUUACAAUGGCCUUUGGAACCAUAACAUCGGAAGAAGCUGACAAACUAGGAUUUUGGACAAUAGUUCUGAGUAGCAUCCUUUGCUUGGUAGUAUCAAGAAUGACGGAUAUAUUCCAAGGACACCUAAAACUCGCAAUUUCAGGACUACUGGUGAUAUCAUCAGUCAUGUUCUUCUGGAUAAUUCUUCUCGAUAGCAAAAUAUUGCCCUUUAAUAGAUACGAGCUCUACGCAGCAGUAGUACUUGGAAUAUCUACUAAUUGGUCAACUUCUGCGCUCUACUUAGAGUUGGCCUCCGAAAUAUCGUUCCCGAUUUCCGAAGCCAUCGUCGGAGGCUUCAUGAUUUUUAUGUCGAACGUCGUGGGGAUGAUAUUUUACUUGUCUUACUGCAUUCCCGGAAUGGGUGGACGAUGGUCAACUUGUCUAGUGUUUGCUAGCAUUUUUGUAUCCGCCAUUUUUAUUAUUUGCGUUGAAGAACAAUAUAAUCGGACUAAGCGAGAAAAUCAAGUACCGAGUCUACUUGCAAUUGAAUCGAGAGUUUCAAGAGUUUGCAAGGAGCUAUAUAACAUAAUACAUACAACACAUAACAUAAGAAGAAGUCAGCCUUAUAUGGUUGGAGAAACCGUGACGUUAUUCAGAAUAGAAGGAGAGUAG